CUUUGAUUUACCACAAAGGAGCCGUAAAAGACAAAAGAUUCAUGAAAUGUACUUUUUUGAUCUCGUAAAAUUUGUUCCAUUUUUAUUUUAUUCGAACAAAAAGAGGGUAUUUUACCUUUAAAAAUAAUUUUGAAUGAAGUCCCAUGAUGUAGAUACUGAAUAGUGUGAAAUAGAGAUGGGCACCCAGACUCGCUGACUGACAGAUGUGAUCACGAUUUCCGAUCUUUUACUUUUACACUAUUUACAGUACUGGUACUUUCACUUUCCACUAAUAUUACUAUAAUUUAUAAUAUAAAUAUAAACUAACUGUGAGUAUGAAUGAGUGAGACUAAAGAAAAAUAAAUCGCGCAAAAAUAAGGGAUUAUCCCCUUAUUAUGGCAUGGGCUUGCUUUCUAUUUAUUUAUACAUUAAUCAUUAAUGAAUCUUGGGGAUCGUUGACAACUUAUGGACAUGGACAUGGACCAACAAGCAGGUUUCAGAAAAGACAGAUCCUGCACAGACCAGAUUGCCACUCACACUGCUAAUUAUAGUGGAACAAUCUCUGGAGUGGAACUCACCACUAUACAUCAACUUUUUUUACUAUGACUCACUAUGAGAAAUGCAAGGCUUUUUACUUUUGAUAGUGUAGACAGACUCUGUGGAAGCUGCUAAAACAUGGGGUACCACAAAAAUUGACAGAUGUAAUUAAGGGUUCUUACGAAGGACUGUCGAAGGACUGCCGUGCAGAAUUGUUCAUGGCCAACAAAUAACUGAGGCUUUUGGGGUACAAACUGGUGUCAUACAGAGGUGUUUGCUCUCGCCUUUCUUAUUCCUGCUGACCAUUGAUUGGAUAAUGAAAAUGUCUACAGAACAGAAGAGAAAUGGUAUCCAGUGGACACUAUGGAAACAGCUUGAUGAUCUGGAUUUUGUGGAUGACCUGGCCCUAAUAUCACACACAGCAACAGAUGCAAGAGAAAACCAGUUAUGUAGCAAAUUACUCUGCUUGCAUCGGCCUGAACAUCCAUAGAGGAAAAAGCAAAGUUCUUAAAAUUUAACCAUCUAAAAAAGUCUGGAGCUGCAGCAACUUGACCCUCCAGACCAAGGUCAGGAUAUUCAACACCACAGUGAAGCCUGUCUUGCUAUAUGGAGCAGAAACAUGGCGAACAACAGCAGCUGGUUCAAAAAACCUACGGGCGUUUAUCAACUCAUGUCUCCAAAUGAUUCUCCGAAUCCGCUGGCCCAAGGUCAUCACCAACGAGGAUCUCUGGCGGCGCACACAACAAGAACCAGUGGUAGAGGUAGUCUGGCCAAACCCUCAGAAAGCCCAAAUCCAGUAUGAUGAGACAAGCCCUCACUUGGAGCCCCCAGGGCAAGAGAAAAAAGGGUCAACCCAAAAUAAGUUGGAGAAGGGAGCUGGAGGCAGACACCAAAAAGAGUGGGCACAACUGGGGAAGGCUGGAUAGACUGGUCCAAGGCCGGGAUGCCUGGAGAGUCUGGAGAGCCUUUGUUUGUGGCCUAUGCCCCAGACAGGACGACAGGCGAUGAUGAUGAAUUAUAAUCUCUCAUCUACUAUUUUUUAUUUUGUUAUUAUUAUUAUCUACAUUUCCCAGUACCAAUAAUUUAAAUAACACAGACAGAGAAGACCAUGUCUAGGGUAGAGUUGAGUAGACUUACUGGACUUUUUUUAACCCGUAUAAUAACUUCUUUGUUAACUUAGUAACAUGUCAUAUUUUUUUGUAGUAAAAGUUAUUCUAAGCAAUAUUAGAAUUAAUUAUUUAGUUUUAGUAUUAGUAGUAUUUAUUUGAAAUAACCUAUUCAUUUAAUAAUUCUUGUUCAGCAUAACUUUGCUCUUAAAAUUAACUAUUAAUUCAUUACAGAAUCAGCACAAAGCAAAAUUAGAAAUAGAGUCAAAAUAAUGUCUCGUAUAGUGACUGAGCUGUGCUAUCAGAUUCUUAAUGAAUAUUAUGGAGAAUUAACUGCAACAGUAGGUGUAUUUUUAAUAAGAAAUAAAGCAACCUCAUGCAGUAUCAUAGUGCAGCGCACUGGGCUUGAAUCUAAACAGGUUGGUCUAACUCUAACUCAACUACUGGUAAUUAUUAUUUUAUGAGUAUAGAUUAAUAUAGAACCUACUAAUGCCAAAAUUAAUUAUUUAUAAUUAAUUAAUUAAUAAUAGGACUUAGAUAAGUUAGGCCAUAUUAAAAAUAGGCACUAUAACUAUAAUCAUAUAUAAUAUAGUAUAGAUGGAAACCAGACGAUUAGCAAAUGAUAAUUAAAUUCAUUUCUUAUUUAAAUGAAUUAUGAAUAUAAGUAUAAGCCUUACUCUUAGAAUUGUUCCCAAGGUCCCCCAAGAAUGAUUCUUGUUUUAAUCUUUGCAUUAUAGGUGAAAAGGGCAUUACAAUCAUUGAUUCAACAAAACAUUGUUAGUUUUUGCCAACCUAAGCCAGGUUUAAUUGAAUAUACUGCCAAAUCAGAUGCUGUGUUAUGGAGGCUACGAUAUCCUCACUAUAUUCAUUGUGCAAAGAUGCUCUAUGGCGAUGCUGCAGAGCUGCUGGUGGAAGAGCUAUUGUUACAGGGCCAGUCAUGCCUAGGUCCAGCAGUCACAAAGACAACUUCAAAACUGAAUGAAUCUCUUCUUUCCAGUGGAUCAAGUGAGAAUUAAAUUAUGACAUUUGUUACCCACUUAAUAUAUAUAUUUUAUCGAUAUUAGUAGUUUAUAUUAUUUUAGGUGAGAUAUUAGGCUGCAAUUUUAUAUAGUGUACCAUAUUAUCAUUAACUUAUACAUGUGUAUUAUUUUUUUUAAAGAUCUAUUCCUUAAAAAUAAAAACAAUUACCAAUAAUUAAAGACAUGACGAAAAUACAACUUUUUUUUCUAAGAGUGUCACUUUUAUUUUCAGAUUUACCUUCAAUUUCUCAAAAUCUUGUAAAAGAUAAAGUGACGACACUUGUCAAGGCAAGACUUAUCCGUCGUUGUGCAGAUAUAAUUUAUGAUAAAGAAGGAAAAAAUGCAGUGUCUUCUGGAGAAAUAGGUGACCCUGAACUGUUGUUUAACCUGCCGAAUGCAGUGGACUUUGGUGAGUACGUAAUAAAGAAAAUUCCUUCAGAUGUGUGAAAUUUCUUUCAUAUUUUGGUCACUCAACUCCUAUUAUAACUGAACAAUUGUCAUUGUUAAACAAAAAUAGUCUACAAAUUUUGGCAUUCUGAAAAUGUUAUAAGUUAUACAUUGUUAAUAGAGCCUGCUGCAGGGUCAAAGCGUCCUCCAUCAAACCUGGAACAAAGAGCUGCCAAAAAGUUAAAGCUAGAAACUGGUGAUGCUACAGAAACGCUGAUGAAGGUUAGUCCCUGCAUCAGUGUUACACAAUUUCUUUAAUACACUUUAUUACUCAGGUUUUAGUGUCAAAUGAGUGAAAAAUGUUAAAAUACUAUACAGAAAAAAUAAAUAAAUGAAUGAUUUUAAACAAAAUGAACAGCAAUUUAGCAGAUAUAAUUUUUUUAAAUGGAUCCUUACUCAGAAAAGUUUGCAGACCCUUGACCUACAACACUGAAUCUGUAGGCCUAAACUGGCAGCAAAAUCAAACUUAAAUCUUCCUUACCGCAGCUAGAAAACCUGUUGGUAGGGGGGGGGGGGGUUGAUGCUUGAUUGGAGGAUAUUAAAGCUUUUAUUGUGGUAGGGGGGAUCAUGGGUAAUAAAAGGUAGGGUAUCGGUGGUAAACGGGCAGAAAAACCAAACUUAAAACUUCCUUACCGGAGGUAGAAAACCUGUUGGUAGGGGGGGGGGGGGUUGAUGCUUGAUUGGAGGAUAUUAAAGCUUUUAUUGUGGUCAGGUGGAUCAUGGGUAAUAAAAGGUAGGGUAUCAGUGGAGUAGAGGAAAGAAAAUCAGCUAAACUUAUUUUUUGUGUUAAAAUUAAAGUAACCUAGAAUUCAAGUAAGUAACCUUAUCAAAUCACAUUUUAGGAUUCAGAAACAAGUAAAAAUGUUGGACCAGGUUACUGGUGUGUAAAUGUCUACCAAUUCCAUCAUCAUUUUCGAGAUCAGGCUAUAGUUGCUGCUGUAUCUAGGAAUAUAGACCAGGUAAAUAAGACAGUAGUGGUACCAUAGUAAUAAAAAAAAAUAGUAGCCCCUUUCUUCUGUAGCAAAUCAAUAUUCAUUAAUUGCAAUUAGAUUUAUAUUUUAUUUUUAAAAUUAAUUCCUUAACUUUCUUUUCUUAUUUAUACAUAUUACCAGCAUCUAAAAUAUCUUUGCAUAGUGAUGUUUUUUUUUUUCAAUUUCAGAAAGCAUCAGAGGUCAUACGAACAUUGCUACGUAUAAGUGAGACUAGAUCUCAGCCAUUAUCUCCAGAAAGUUCACCUGUUUCUCUUACUGAGGUAUAUUUAAGCAUCAAGUUCUGCCACAAUCUGCCAAUUACUUUUCCUUUAAAAAUAUUAGUCCGGUUAUUCUGUAUGUUGCUUUUUUGUUGUUCUAUUUGUUGAAAAUAAUGGCUCACUUUGCAGAGUAUUUUUACAAAUAGAAAUGAUUGUGUUAGUGUUUUGUUUUAAUGUAAAUAAUUUAUCUGCUAUGAUUUAAGGACGGUAAGCAACUAAAAUGCUUGUUGUAAACUAAUGAAUGAUGGUUUAAUAAUGUUUACAUUUGCAUCCUACCUUACUUUCUUAUUACUUGAGAUUUUUGGUACCUUUAAUGGGCUUAAGAAAAUGUUCCAUAUAUUAAUAAAUGGACACACAAUCCUUUUUUAAACACAUAUUGUUUUAGUAUGACAAAUAUAUAUUUCAGAUAUACAAUGCUAUGCCUAAAGACAAGGUUAUGCCAAAAAGCACAUUAGAGCAAUAUCUGAAAUACCUCUCAGAAAACUGUGUAAGUAAAAAAAUUAAAUAUUUUUUUGGUGAUUUAUUUUCUUAAAUUUCUUUGCACCUUAUUUUUUUAUACCGGUACCGUAUCAUUUAAACUAUUAUCCGCCACCCCUUAAUCCUCCCCUGCUCUCUAAUCUCCCCUACUAUAUUUUGGUACUAUCAAAUAUGGUUCACAAAUGGGAAUAUCAUUUUAUAUCAUUUUAUAUAUCGAUAUUAACUUACUAAGCAUACCAGAUACAUCGUUAUUGAACAUGUGUUUGGGUACCGGUAUUGGAAGAUAGUUCACAGCUAUUAUAUGUGUUUAUAUUUAUGUCCGUGUUUGUAUAAUAUUACAUAAAUAUAUAUUAUUAUGAACGUAUAAUAUAUAAAUUUAUAUUGGAAUAUUAACAAAAGUUUUUGUUAAAUUUAUUGCAGUUUAAUUUUGUGACUAAAGUUGGAGAGAGUGGAGGUGGCAUGUUUCAAAUCAGUAUCCUUUUAUUAGAUACAUUUAAAUGAUUUAUGAAGUGAUAUUGCUCGAGUUUACUUGUUUUAAAAAUUCCAGGGCUUUGGAGCAAGCAAUUUAUGGAAGGUUUGUGGGGAGAUGUUGGGGAGAGUAGAAGGUGAGGGCAGAGAAGAGCAAUUGUGGAGAAAAUUAAAGGGAGGAAGAAUGAUGGGUUGUAGAGAUAAGGGAUCCAGGGAUUAGGUGUUGUGGGUACGAGCCAGGGAAGAGCGAGGGUUGACCUGGUAAGAGAGAAAGUAAAGAAGUUAAAGAUGGGAGAGAUAAACAUAGAGGGAGGUGAGGGAAGUUUUUGAUUUUUUCAUUCUUUUAAAAGCUUAACAAUUAGUUUUAAAAAAAUGACUUUUAACAAAUAUAUUUUUUAAGGAAUAUAUGCAUUGUCAUGAAAACUUUGUUUUCUGAAAAAAUGGCUAGUCUGUUGGUACUUUGGCUUAAAUUUGCCUCUCCAAAAUAGAGUUUGCUCCACCUGGGGAAUGGGGGGGGACGGGAUACAACACGACAACCAUGCUCUAAGCUCUGGCUCCACCCAUGAGCCCUAAAAAAUGCACAAUAAUAUUUAUGCUAGACUACUUUGAGAGAGCAGAGUUAGCUUUUUUAAAGUUAUAUUUUUAUGUUCCAUAAAUGUAAAUGCAUACCGGUACUCCGGAUAACUAUAUUGCCGGACUAUAAAAUAGUGUUGGUUAGUUCCUUGACAUCAAAUUUUGAUUACUUCAAAGCUAUUAAAGCAAUUUGUGUGUCUCAAAUUGAGUCAAUCAUCUUGGAGAGAUUUGGCUCAAAAGCUCUGCGCAUGUUCCGCGUUCUUCUCACUGACAAACAGGUGGAGCAAAAGCAGGUAAUACCAUAUAAUGUUAUUGUGUGUAUUUACUCAGUGAGAUUUUAAAAUAAAAAUAUCUGAUGUUUAAGGUAUUUUUUAAAAUUAAAAAUAGGGUUAUUAUGUGGGAAAUAUUCAACUCAAAUGUGAUUUCUCUUGUGAAACAAGAAAAUUUAAAAAAAAACUGAGAUCCAGGGCUUAAUCAAACAAUUUCUUUGAAGGAACAUUUAAAAUAGUUUGAAAGAUCCUGAAAUUAGUGAGAAUAAGCUAGUAAAAAAAAAAUAAAAUGGAGAGAAUCUUUAAUUAUGACAGUGCUAUUAUUUCCCCUAUAGAUUCUCCAGAAAAAGAGUGAAACAGUACAAAGAAAUAUUUCUAUUAAUUCUAGAUAAAUAAGUACAGAAACCUGGCAAGAGGUAGAGAAAAGGAAGAAGAAAAGGGGGGGGGGGGGAAUAAAAAAAAAAGAAAAAAAUAAAGCAGAGAAAUAUUAUUAGUUUGUGAAACAGUACAAAGAAAUAUUUCUAUUAAUUCUAGAUAAAUAAGUACAGAAACCUGGCAAGAGGUAGAGAAAAGGAAGAAGAAAAGGGGGGGGGGGAACCAAAGAAAAAGAAUAAUAAGAUGCAGUGAAAUAUAUUUAGUUUGAUAAUUAUAAAAGAUUUAUAAAUGAAAAGUGAAUCAAUUUAAUUUUUUUUAUAUUCUUGGGGACACACUUUACACAUUCCAAGUUUUAAAAAUAAUCUUGGUCUUUGUCAAGUCAUUGGUGUAAUGAAAUUAUAUUUAAAAAAUUUAUUUAGGUGGAAGAACGAGCUAUGCUACCUCCAAAAGAGGCUAAGGAGUUGCUGUAUAAAAUGUUUGCUGAAAAUUUCAUUACCCUUACUGUGAGUAACUGAUAAUAAGCACCGGUAUUAAACUUUUCUCUAUUUUUUUAUUUUGUCAUAGGAGGAGCUAUCAAAUUUCUAUUCUUUAAAUUAUGGUAUUAAACUUUUCUCUAUUUCUUUAUUUUGUCAUAGGAACUAUCAAAGACACCAGACCAUGCACCCACACGUACAUUUUAUUUCUUCAAUGUCAACUUGAUACAAGUUAGUAGAAUGCUUCUGGAAAGAUGCUACCAGGUAUAAAUUGUAUUUUAAACAAACGCAAAACUAAUAAUUUCAAGUAAUUACUCAAUGAUUUACCACAAUUUAUUUAGUCAUAAUUUAAAUUGACACUAUCUUUUAAUUUUUAAACUGAAGGUUAAUUGAUAAAAGUUAUUAUAAACCUGAUUUUAUAAUUUACUAAUUUAACUAAUAGGGGUUGGGGGAUAGGUCACCUAAUGUCAGGGUCACAGUUGCAAGAACGUAAUGAAAAGCUUUUUUUAAAUUUUACAUGUUUAUGAAACACAAAGCUUGAUACAAAUUCAAUUUAUUUGUGAAUAGAUAACACACAUAAACUGUAUUUUUUAAUUAUAUCUAAUUAAACCAUAAUAUGAUGGUCUGUGAGUGGUUAGUACAUAAUUAUUAGGUACCUGUAUAUUUCAAAAUAAAUGGAAGCCAUACUUGGCAUAAACUCUUUUAAUUCUAAUGACACUUAGUUUAUAUUCAUGUUCAUGCACCCACAAAAAUAAAUGUGUAAAUAUGAUUUUAAUGGUGGAGUAAUUUCUUCCCAUGGAGUUGUUGUGUUGUAUUGAGUAAAUAAAGAGGCCAAUAAUAUUCAAUUUUGAUUGUGAUUAGUAUAUUAAUUUUGUACAAAACUAACAUACAAAUUAACAAUACAAGCAUACUAGAUUAGAAUAUCAGGAAUCUAAAUUUUAUUUUUUAAGUGACAUUUCUGCAAGUUUAGAUAAUAAAAAAAUUACCAAGUUAAUUACCUUAACAUAUAAGGCAUAUAACAGUAUAACACGCACCUCAUUUUAAGAAGGAAAUUUCAGGGAAAAAAACUUAACAUUAUAUCUGCGUAUAAUCCGCACACAUCAUUUGCCCCCUAUUUUCAGGGAGAAAAGGUGAGUGUUAUACGCCGAUAAAUACGCCGAUAAAUACGCCGAUAAAUACGGUAAUUCUUAUUUUUUAAAUUAUAGUUAUAUUUUUUUUAUUUUCAUCAGGCUGUUGGAAAUGUUUUUAUCAGGAGACAAAAGUGUAUUUCUGAAAACAAGUAGGGUGUUAGAUUUAGAAAACAUACUUUGUUAUUGAAAUGUGUUUUUUUCAAAAAUAAAUAUUAAAAUAUAAAUAAAUGUUUCAUACAUACCUUUUGCUAUUAAAAAUUAAAAUUAUCACAUAUAUUUUCAUCUUUUAAAUCUAUACCUUUUUGUAAAUUAAAGAAAGCUUUGCAGUGAUUAUAAAAAUCUUUAAAAAACUUCUUUGAGAUAACUUUCUAAUGUAAACAUUUUGAUACCUGAAUUUUUUAUUUUUGCAGACGUUUGCUUGACAAGCAGGACAGAGUAGAAGCAAUUAUUGCAUCUCUUGAUGCUGAAGGUGCUCUUGAGCAGAAAGAAGAAGUGGAACAAAUGGUAACACCCAGUGAAAAAGCUCAGUUAAAGAAAAUUAGCGAUUCUGCAAGAACGUAAGUAACUUUCAAUGGAAGGGAUUAAUGAUGAAAGUUAAUAUUUCGAAGUAUACUGAAAUAUUUCCCAGGUAUCUGGUUAUUUUAAGAUUUUCAACAUAUGUUCAUAAACGAACAAACAUUAGCCACUUAUGCCAACCUACAAGAUCAAAACCUGUUCAAAGAAUUACCAAAAACUUGUACAUAAACAAAACAAAGACUGCAACCAAAAUAUAUAUAAUUAUAAUAAUAGUCAUUUUAAUUUUUUCUAAAUUUUUCUCUAUUACUAUCGUCAUUAAAUCAGUUGGCUGAAAUUUUCAUCUGUAAUAUAGAAUAUAGGGAAUAUAUGAUAAAUUGAAAUAAUUUUACGCAAUUAACAUUACAUAUUUUGUUUCUUUCAGAUUAGAGCUGUCAGAGAUUCAUUUAGAUCAAACAAUAUUUGUCCUGGAGACUUACCUAAAUUAUACUCUUCAGCCCUCGAUUACAAAAAAAUAAAAUCUGCUGCUGUUUUUGUGUCUUUUAUUUUGAUAAUUGUAAGUCUGGGGCUUAAUGAGAGAUACCGGUACUUUUAUUUUGUUUUUUGCUAAAAAAUACAGGCUGGCUAUAGGAAGGAAGGUCUUGUAUUAAAUACAUCGCUUUCUAAUGCAAAUCCUAUAGCAGAUUCCUGAAUGGAAUGUACUGGUCGCUGUUUCCUUGGUUAGCUUAUACUGAGACUCACAAUUGAAGAUUCUAAGACACUAUGGAUUUUCCCAGAAUUGGUCUGAACUUUAACUGUUCAAAACCUUUCAAAUUUGAGAAGGAAAGGAACCAGGGAUCCAUUCUUUUACAGAUUCACUUCUCACUAAGUUAAUGAGUGGCUCAAACAAUGAACCACCCACACAAGGGAAGAACCAAUAAAUACAAUUGAUUCUGACAUCAACGCUAGAGGCCAUGGACUAUACUAACUGUUAAGAUCAAGGUGCCCAGGACAAAGAGACUCGCAUAGGAUAGCAUGGUCAUGAUAAAAUGCCAUAAACUUGAAACACUGAACAACAGUCCACUGGCACAUCAGAAAAGAUGCUGAACUUACUCAGACAAAUUGCUUGGUUAUGUGUGUAGAAUGCCAGAAAUUGCAAAUGAGGCAGUUUGGUAAAAUGUUUUCAAAAUUUAAAACAGAACUCUAAAAU